UCCACCAAUCACUUAGAAUUGUAACAAACUCGCGAAAUGACGUGCUUGCAAACCACUGCCGUCCUGUUAUCAGUUUUAGUUAAUUUGUCCUCAGGGACACUUUCAUGCGGCAUCAACGAGAUAAUGGAUGAAUGUCCUUCAGAUUGCGCCUACGACCAUUGCCCCAAGCACGAGUUCCAGGAUAGAACACCAUGUCCUAAACCUGAAGUUUGUCCACCACCAGCUUGCAAGUGUGGCUUCAACUAUCGUAGAGCUGAAAACGGCACGUGCAUACCCACUACAGAAUGUCCUCCAUUUGAGUGUUCCCGCGUCAAUGAAGAGUUCAAUCCCUGCCCUUUCUAUUGUCCUUCUGACAAUUGCGACGACGCAUCACCUUCUGGGGAAUGCCCUUUUUUCCUGCUCAUUGUCAUAAAUUGCAGCCCUUCUUGCAAAUGUAUUAGACAUUACUGGAGGAAAGAUGGAGUUUGUGUCCCUUAUACGGAGUGCCCCAACAUCAUUAGCUCCAACGUCCAAGACCAAGUCAUAUUGGAUGAAACGUCAACGGCGCAAGGAUUUGAUUACGUCACAUCUGAAUAAUACCUAAUUAUAAAGUAUAUAUUAUAUUGUCUACCAAAGAUUGUCGAUAUAUAUAUAAAACCAUGUUAACCCG